AUGAUUAAGAAACGACAAGUAAAAGAAAUUUUUAAUAAAUCUGUCGAUCAUCAUGCUCAUCGUGGAGAUAUUAUGCGACUUGAAGUGCUCAUUGAAUAUGGAGGAAUUUAUUUGGAUUCAGAUGUAUUAACACUUCGUUCAUUUGAUCCAUUAUUGAAUUUGAAUGAUGUCAUCAUGGCUCAUCAAGAUGAUGGAAUUAAAGUUUGCAAUGCAGUAAUAUUAGCAAAAAAAGAUGCUACAUUUCUCAAACGUUUAUACGAUGCUUAUCAAAGUUUCAAUGAGAAUUGUUGGGAUUGCCAUUCAGUGAAACUUCCCGGACAAUUAGCAUCAAUCUAUCCAAAUGACAUCACUGUCUUACCUACGAACGCAUUUUUUCGUCCCAGUUGGAAUGAAAAAGCAGCUUUAUAUGCAUCAAACAAUUAUGAUUUCACUCCGAAUUAUGCAUGUCAUCUUUGGAAUAAGAAAAACAAUCAUGAUCAUCUGAGUCGAUUAACACCUGAAUUAGCCUUAAAUGCAAAUAAUACUUUUGGAAGAAUGUUACGUCAUGCAAUCGGCAAUGCUACUUUGCUUAAACUCAAGGAAUUCUUUAAUUCAUGA